AUGGAGAAGUCAUUACGUGAAGAGGUAAAGGAGGUGCGUGGUAGAGGUGUGGGCAAAAGAGCCGUGUUGACGCAAGAUGGAAGACCAGUUGCCUACUUUAGCGAGAAAAUAAGUGGAGCUGCCCUCAACUACCUCGUUUACGACAAGGAGAUGUACGCUUUAGUUCGAGCCCUAGAGACGUGGCAACAUUAUUUAUGGCAGAAGGAGUUCGUGAGUCACUCUGAUCACGAGGCUUUAAAGUACAUUAAGGGCCAGCAGAAAUUGAAUAAAUGCCAUGCCAAAUGGGUUGAGUUCCUUGAGUCUUUUCCUUAUGUCAUACAGUACAAAAAUGGUAAAGACAAUAUCGUGGCUAAUGCGUUGUCGAGGAGGUAUACUUUACUCUCUGUUCUCGAUUCUAAAUUGCUUGGAUUCUCUUUGUUGAAAGAUUUAUAUGCUCAUGAUGACGACUUUGGUGAGAUAUUUGUUGCUUGUGAGAAUGCUGCUGUUGAGAAAUUUUAUAGGUACGAAGGGUUUCUUUUCAAGGAAGGAAAACUUUGUAUUUCACAAAGUUUCGUUCGAGAACUCCUUGUACUCGAGGCGCACAGUGGCAGACUUAUGGGACAUUUUGGAAUUAGUAAAACCAUGUCGACAUUACAAGAGCACUUCUACUGGCCUAAAAUGAAGAAAGAUGAUGAGCGCAUAUUUCUUCCAAGUUUCAAGGGACUGUUCGGCAUCAUUCUUGGCAUCAAGAAAUAUUCGGUUUGGGCAAGUCCACAACAUUCUUGGGCAUCAAGAAUCAUUCUUGAUUCAUAA